GGAAAAGGAAAAAAACAAAAACCCCCAAAAAUAAUUUCUCUGCUUUGAAAGAGUUUGAUCCAUUGUCACUACUGUCUUAGAUUUUCCAGAUUCUGGGUAGCUUCUUUUAUCUGUAAAAAUUUCUAUUCUCUCAUUCGAUUUGCAAUCAGCGAUGGCGACUGAGAAUCACACGGACAAGAAUGUUGUUUUCAGAAAGCUAAAAGCAAAAUCCGAUAACAAGGUGUGCUUCGAUUGUAGUGCGAAGAAUCCAACAUGGGCUUCGGUUACUUACGGUGUUUUUCUAUGCAUCGAUUGUUCAGCUGUUCAUCGAAGUCUCGGUGUUCAUAUUAGCUUCGUGAGGUCGACGAACUUAGACUCGUGGAGUCCUGAGCAGCUAAGAACAAUGAUGUUUGGUGGGAACAACCGAGCUCAGGUGUUUUUCAAGCAACAUGGAUGGAAUGACGGUGGAAAAAUCGAGGCUAAGUAUACUUCAAGAGCUGCUGAUUUGUAUAGACAAACUCUCGCUAAGGAAGUUGCUAAAGCCAUGGCCGAAGAAUCUAGUUUAUCUUCAUCAUCCUCUGUUGCUACUUCUCAGCCAGCGGAGUCAUCUAAUAACGGGUUUUCUUCUGAACCUCCAACAAAAGAGAGUCCUCCGGUUAAGCAAGAAGCAACUGGUGUCUCCUCUUCACCAAAAGCUCCUCAGGCAGCUGUGGCGAGUACGUUUAAGAAACCUCUUGUUCCGAGAAAGACAGGGAAGACUGGUGGUCUUGGUGCUCGUAAGCUUACUACGAAGCCAAAAGAAAACCUCUAUGAGCAGAAGCCCGAAGAGCCUGUACCGGUGAUUCCUGCUGCCUCUUCGACUCACAACACAUCAUCAGCGGGAUCAUCAUUUGCCUCUCGGUUUGAGUAUUUUGAUGACGAGCAAUCAGGUGGGCUAAGUGGUACACGCUUGCUUAGCCAUGUCGCUCCACCAAAGUCGUCGAAUUUCUUUAAUGACUUUGGAAUGGACAGUGCUUUCCCCAAGAAAUCAAGCUCAAGCUCAUCCAAAGUUCAAGUUGAAGACACGGAUGAAGCAAGAAAGAAGUUUUCAAAUGCAAAAUCGAUUUCCUCUGCUCAGUUUUUCGGGAAUCAGAACAGAGAUGCCGAUUUGGAUUCAAAAGCUACGCUUCAGAAGUUCUCGGGCUCAUCAGCUAUUUCAAGUUCUGAUCUUUUUGGACGCGGACAAGAUGAUUCCAACAUCGAUAUCACAGCGAGUGAUCUGGUGAACCGAAUUUCUUUCCAGGCGCAGCAAGAUAUGUCAUCUCUUGUGAACAUAGCGGAAGAAACGACAAAGAAGCUGGGUACAUUGGCCUCCGGUAUAUUCAGUGAUCUCCAGGAUAGAAUGCUGUAAGAAACAGACAAAGAUCUUGCCUUUUCAUUUACAGAGAGAGAAAAGCCUUUCAUUUGCUUCUCUUAGAUGUAAUGUAACACAUUGUCGGCUAUAAAAGUAAAAGACAAAGCUUUUUUUGGUUUCUGUUCUGCAGCAAUCUAAGAUGUAAAAUGACACUUAUAUUCCCCAAACUCAAAUAUAUUUGACAA